AUUGGUGGUACCAAAAUAGGAACGAUUCCUACAACUUCUCAAGGCGGAUGCUAUUGCUAACAUAUUUCAUCAUUUGUCUCUUUUCUUCGUUAUUAUCAUUUAGAGAAUUUCAUCCUCUUCUGUUACUUGCAGCCGAGCACCGCCGCGGGCAUCUCCGAUUUAAAUCGCCCAUUUCGAGGAACAUUGUCGCCCAAUUGACUUCAAAACAGUGAUGGCCGCUUCUGGGGCUCUCGUCCCCGGCGGCCAGCCCGAUCUCACUCUCGACGCAAAUCAGAAAAGGGACACCGAGAUCAAGGCAGCCCUCGCUCAAGGUCAAGAGCUUGCCAAGAAUGGCAAGUAUUCCAAAGCGCUCCGUGUCGUUGUGGAUGCUGUCAACCUGUGCCCGUGCGACCCAGCCGGCAAUGGGAAGCAACGGCAUGGAAAAGACAAGUCGUGCAACAUCUCACAAUGUAUGGCUGCCCUGAAGUCCAAUGACCCGGAUGCGCUUUACCAGGUCGCCAAGGGCCCUUGUUCGUGCGGCUACUCCUGGCCGUCCUGUUCUAUCCCCACACAUGCGGUGGCCCUUGACGCACUGGCAGACUGCCUCUUCAAGGCAGAGCAGCACACGGCUGCUCUGUCCACUGCGCUCGCUACCAUCCGCUUGGAUCCUACAUCGGCCGUGGGCUACUGCCGCGGAGCUAAGAUCCUCCGGCAUCUGCUCAAGAACGCGUCGAUUACACAAUCAAAACCGGCCGAGGCUCGUGUCGUCGCGCACAUCCUCAGCGGGGAUGACAGACUGCCCUCUAUCCUUGAUCUCCGCCGUCUUCUUGACCGUUUUAUUCAAGUCGGGCUAGACAUCACCAGCCGCUAUCGUCACAAACUGAAGGACAGCUACAAUGUCGUCCUCCAGCGCAUGGCUUACCACAUGAAAUGCGAGGUAGCACGCAGGGACCCGGUUAAGGAACUGCCCUCCGAAGUGCUAAGCAUGAUAUUCUCGCUGCUCGACACUACCACUUUGAUUCGGUGCCUUGGCGUCAACAAACAGUGGAAUCAACGCAUAACCCACGACAGCAGGCUCUGGGCGGAUCUGAGACUUAGCAGACCAGGCAGUCCUGGCCGCCAUUUUCCCGCCUUCCUGCAGAAGCACCAGCGCGAUAUCAAGAGCCUCGUCAUACACGACGUCUCGCGCUUCCAGCUCACGACGACCAAGAUCCACCAGAUUCUGCAGGGUCUACCUAGACUUGAGCGACUAUACCUCGACUCGGGGAAGCGUUACCCUAACCGAUCCGAGAUUCAUCUGCAGCUUCCCCGAGCGCCGACCCCCAGCUCUGCCCGCCUUACUCAGCUUUCCCUGGUCUCGUUCAACUUGGUAAAGCCCGUCAUGCAACUGCUUUCCUUCAGCUGGGACACCCUCACUGUGCUGAAUCUCGUGAAUGCGGGGCCAUUUGUUUCUCGGCAGUCAGCCGGGACUAGCAACCCCUUCGACGCCAUCCGCCUUGCCAAGCUGAAGAAACUGCGUAUCACCCAGGGAGACCCAACGGUGCCCUCGGGACAGCUGUCCUGGGAGGACAACAUCGAGAUGGAACCGAUCGUGAUGGCCACGCCAAACCUCGAGCAGUUCCACCUGGACGGCUUCCUCGCCUACUGGAGGCGAGGCGAGCCUAGAAUCGAAAAAGACGGCCAGUGGCUUUCCCUCCGCAAGCUUGUGCUCGGCUCCCUGCGGACCCCCGACGACACGACAAUCGAUGAUUGGAACACGCAUUUCCUUCCUCCUCUGCCGAGCACGAUGGAGUCAAUCGAGAUGCUCAAUGUCUCUCCCGAGAUCGCCCACAACGUCAUGUUUACCCUCAAGUUGAGCGACCCGGUCACGAACGACUGGGCCCCGCCUCACGAGGAAUACGAGGCUCGGCACUUCCCCAACCUCGAGGUGUUCCGCUGCAUAUCCGGGGUCUUGCAUCACGCCCUGCUGCAGCGCGUCCUCGAACCCUCAGCCAGGGCCGGCAAACUCAAGGUCCUCGAGCUGGCAGCCACAUCAGCUCCGGGCUUCUACCCUCGAACGCACCCCGCCGGCUCUCAGCUAGGCAGCGACUUCGUGCCGGCCAGGGACCUCCGCUCCCUCGCAUCCGAGAACCUCCACACCCUCGGCCUGCACGACUUCAACUUCUUCGACGACACGAGCAACCCGCACGCCUCCAUCUACGCUUUCUGCGGCGACCCCUUCAUCGACUGGCUCGACUGCUUCCCCAACCUUCACACCGUGGCCGUCUACCCGGGCAGGUGGGAGGGCGUGGCCUACUUCAUCGCGAAGUUGAUCCUCCACCCCAAGGUCAAGGUCAUCCACCAGGACUACCUGCGGGGCGUCCACUGGUACGAGGCACAGCAGCUAGCCAAGGAGCACGGCGUCGCCCUGCAUCACACGCCCAACCACCUCCCCGUCGGCUGGCCUAUGAUCGAGGACUGAGCUGCUUGCGCCCGCCCUGCCCGUCCUGGGGGGGUUGGCGAACACAGCUUGCCUCUCACCAUGAGAACGGGAAUACGACGAAACUAUAUUGGCAUUGGAGAGUGCGGACUCUGCUUGGCCGCGCUUUGUGGUUGGGAACGGGACACGGCAUAAGUUGCAUCACUGGCGUUUUCUUUACUUCUAUACUCCCCGUGCCCCUCUCAUCGGCUCUGGAGUACCGGCGAGCAGGUUAGCCUCCCCAUCUAGCACAUAACUUCGGGCUGGAGAGAUCAUGGUGAAGAUCAGAAAAAGAAAGCAACGCGGUGGCUUGGCAUUGUGUUUUUUCUAUGAACCGUGUUAAUGAUACCCAUACCUGG